AUGGCUUUCAAAGUGCUACUAGAACAACAGAAAGCAUUUUUCUCGGUUGUAGUUUUACUAGCCUGUUUGGCAUGUAGAGUGAUCUGUGAAACAGGAGACUGUGGACAACAGGAAUUCAGGAAUCAGUCAGGAAAUUGUGUUCUCUGCAAGCAGUGUGGGCCAGGCAUGGAGUUGUCCAAGGAAUGUGGCUUUGGCUACGGGGAGGAUGCCCAGUGUGUGAGGUGCUGGCCGCACAGGUUCAAGGAGGACUGGGGCUUUCAGAAGUGCAAGCCGUGCCUGGACUGCGCCCUGCUGAGCCGCUUCCAGAAGGCCAACUGCUCUGCCACCCGCGACGCCAUCUGUGGGGACUGCCUGCCCGGAUUUUACAGGAAGACCAAACUUGUUGGUUUUCAAGACAUGGAGUGUGUGCCUUGCGGAGACCCCCCGCCCCCCUACGAGCCACACUGUACCAGCAAGGUCAACCUGGUAAGGAUCCCGUCCACGGCCUCCAGCCCACGGGACACGGCCCUGGCUGCCGUGAUCUGCAGCGCCCUGGCCACCGUCCUGCUGGCCCUGCUCAUCCUCUGCGUCAUAUACUGUAAGCGGCAGUUUAUGGAGAAGAAACCCAGCUGGUCCCUGAGGGCACAGGACCUGCAGUACAACGGUUCUGAACUGUCCUGUUUCGACAGACCUCGGCUCAGCGGCCCUGCACCCCACGCCUGUUGUCAGUGCCACCGGGACUCGGCCCAGACCUGCGGGCCCGUGCAUCUCAUCCCAUCCCCGUGCUGUGCCGGGGCCUGCAGCGUCGGCCGGGAGACUCCUGCUUGUAGGGUGCACUCCAAGGCCAUUCUUCAGGACAGAAACACAGGUCCAGCGGGGCAAGCAGUGCCGACUUUCUCUGGGCCCCUUUCGAGGUCCAUCUGUGGCGAGUUUUCGGACGCCUGGCCUCUGAUGCAAAAUCCCAGCUGUGGUGACGACAUCUCUUCUUGCGAUUCUUAUCCUGAGCUCCCUGGAGAAGACGUUCACUCUCUCAAUCCAGAGAGUGCAAGUUCAGCAUCCUUGGACUCACACAGUAGUCGGGGUCUGGUUGGUGGAGCAGUUCCAAUUCAAGCUCAUCCUGAAAACUUUACAGAAACUACUGACUUAUCGAGACUCAACAGCUCAGUGCCAGAACCAGCGCCAACCCAGGACGCGCUCACCGCUAGAAAUCAGCUGGCUCAGGAGAGGGGAGAUGUCCAUCACCUGGCCACUCAGCCGUCACCCCAGGAGGCCGAAAGGACUUGCUUCUUUCUGCAAUGA